GUUGUGCCUGGCGGCUGUUGAGUCAAACCAGGGAGGAGAGUACCCCCAAAAUGCUCAUUUUGCUUCUUCCAGGAUUUAUUGCAGCUUUGUCAGCAUUUCUCUCCAGCCAGAUGUCUCCAGCAACUGCCCUAGAAGCUCCGAACCCUACCUCUCCAAGGCUCGAAAACAUGGGCAGCCGUUUUGAGGGAAACACCAAGUUUGCCGUCAAUGUCUUCAAAGAGCUUAGUGCAAAUGAUCCUUCCGACAACUUGCUUUAUUCUCCUGUCAGUAUAAUUUCUUCACUGCUUAUGGUCUUGUUGGGUGCCAGAAAUAACACAGAAGCUCAGAUAUUAAAGGUGCUCUCUGUAUCCAACGAUGGACAGGUUCAUCCAAGAUUUGAGAAACUUAUCGACAAAACACAUGCCAAUUACAGCCUCAAUCCACUCAACCAGCCCUUUAGAGAAACAUCAGAUGAUUUUCUUGCAGCACCAUCUGUACCCAACAAUGUAGAGGUUCACCAAAGAUUUCAGGAACUUAUUUCUCAUAUCAACAAACCAUGUGCCAAUUAUAGCCUCGGUCUAGUCAACCAGCUCUUUGGAGAAACAUCAUAUGACUUUCUAACAUCAUUUAUAGAAUCCACUGAGAAAUUCUACCAUGCAGGUCUGGAGAAACUUAACUUCAAACAAGCUUCAGAAGAUUCGAGAAGACAUAUAAAUGCCUGGGUAGAAGAAAAAACAUCAGGAAAAAUUCAGGAUCUGCUUGUCCCAGGAAUAAUUGAUUCGCUUACAAAACUGGUUUUGGUGAAUGCUAUCUAUUUCAAGGGAAACUGGGCCGAUAAGUUCGACAAAAAUCACACAGCGGAAAAGCCAUUCUGGAUUAACAAG